AUGGUACAAAAAAGACUGAAAAUUCAGCAUCAAAAAAAUCCCAUAGAUCCUCAAGGGAAAAAAAGGCAAAGGUGCAAUACUUUUUCUAGCGAAGAAAAGCUCCUUAUUGCAAAUGUGUUUUUAAAAUACAGGCAGAUAUUAGAAAAUAAAAAGACUGGCCACAUUUCGACUGAAGAAAAAAAUAAAGUCUGGGAAAAAAUCACCAAAGAGACAUGUAUAGCCGACAGGCAACCUAUUGACCAUUGUUUGAAUUUUAUUGGUUCGGGAUCAGAAUUUGUUCCAUCAAAAGGAGAAGGUGAAGUAAAUGAGGCAAUAGGAACAAGUAGUGAGGAAAUACAAGAAGAAGAAACAAGAGAACUUAGGCCAAAAAAGCAUAUUCGUCACGAGCAGUAUUGGAGCCGAGCUGCAAAUGCGGGAGAAGAAUAUACUACAAAAUCUGGAAAAACGGUCCCUUCAAAACCUUUCCUACCUUUUGCUUGUGCCCAUAAAAAUAAAUUUAAGGUUGUAAACAAACUACGGAAGUAUACUGAGAACGAAAACUCUAAGAGAGAUAAAACAAGAAUCUAUUAUAUACCUGAUGCCACUAGAAGAGAAAGAAAGUUCUGCAAAUAUUUUUUUCAAGCUGUGUUUCAAGUUGUAGCUGGAAAACUGGAUAGGCUACUAAAAAAUAAAUCAUACGGUUUACCAUCUCUAUGCGAUAAAAGGAGAAAACACCCACCAGCCAAUAAAACAAGCGAGGUACAGAAAAACCAAGUUAGAGAGUUCAUUAAGAAGUUCCCAAGUUACGAAUCUCACUACGGUAGACCAAAAAGCAAUCAUGGGAAAUACCUUGCACCAGAUUUGAGUCUUGGCAAAAUGUGA